AUGAGCGAUUCAGACUCUGAUUAUAAUGUAGAGUCAUACAUUAAGCCAACAGCGAAGCGAUCUACUUAUGAAAAUGACGAUAACUACCUCUCAGAAGAAAAGGAAUCAAAUAAUUCAGAGAAAAGCGAUAACGAGGAAUCUGAAGAGGAAGUAAUUGAUGAUAUUAAGGAACAAAUUAAACAAGAUAGCCAAUGUGUGUUACCUAAAGAGUUACCUAAUGAAAAGAAGAGAAAAGAAAUUCCAACGGAGUUACCAACUGAAAAUAAUAAGAAACAGAAGGUUCCAGAACAGCCUUUUGAUAAAAGGAAGCAACUGAAAGUUGUUGAAGAGGAACCAGUCAGAACCAAUAAUAGAUUCAUCCUUUACGUGUCUAAUUUAUCAUCAGAAACUACAAAAACAAUGUUAGAAGCUUUCUUUGCUGAUUGUGGACCAUUAAAAUCGGUCCGAAUACCGAAAAAACGUCUAAGUCGCUUUGCAUUUGUGGAGAUGAUUGAAUUUGAGGGAUAUAAGAAUGGCUUGAAAUUCGAUGGAAAGGAACUUGACGGGAGAAAGAUAAAAGUGCAGCAGGGAUCGAAAAAUAAAAAGCAUAUAACGAAUAACUACAAAAUGCAGAAAAAAAAUCGGUUACGAAUCUAUGAAAGUAAAAUUCGAAAUCGAACUAAAGAAUCAGUUGAAUAA